GUUUUCAAUUCUGUGUUUAAAAGCCCACAAUUAUAAUCCUUUUUCCUCCACUCUUAAUUCAUAUUUCCAAUUCACAGAAAUAUGUCGAAGAUUAAUCUCCCAGCUCUCAUCAUCCUUCUUGCAGCACUUGUAACAAUAAUGUCCCUCAUCAUCAUACCAUCCUCUCAAGCUACCACUUCAUGUGAACCCCCACAUCGAAUUGUUUCUCAAGAGCUCGUCGCUGAUCAAAAUAACGAUGAACCAUGUGAAGGACCAGGGAAAGAAGAUUGUCUUAUUCGAAGAACCUUACAGGCUCAUACUGAUUACGUUUAUACUUGUGAUAAUCCAACCGAGCCAUGAACUAUACCGCUCAUAUUUUCUUUUCUUUUCUCUUUUGUUUGAUCAUUACUUACACUUUCAUAUAAUAAAAAUAAACAAAGA